CAUCAUCAUCAUCAGGAUUGUGCGUGUGUGUGUUUAAAAAGGAUGUUAUAAAGGAGACCGGUUGCCAUGGAGAGAAACUGCGCGACAGAAUUGUAAAAAAAAAAAAAAAGAUCGUUCGAGAAUAACUUUAAAUAACUUUGCGAGGGAACGCAAAACUAAGCUCGUGUUUAUUCGCUUGUUUGCUUCGCCUGCGAGAGUAUUUGGAAGCGCGUCGCCAUGGCGACGGUGCCGGUGAUGGAGCGCGGUGUCCUGGCGGCGGUGAUGUGCGUGCUGUUCGUGUGUCUGGCGCUGCGCACGGGGGAGGUGUCGUGCCAGCACUACUACCUGCUGCGGCCGGUACCGAGCGACACGCUGCCGCUGGUGGAGCUUAAGGAGGACCCGGACCCGGCGCUGGACCCGCACGAGCGCGACCUGAACGAGACCGAGCUGCGGAGCGCGCUGGGCGGCGACCUGGACUCGCGGUUCCUCUCCGUGACGCCGCCGCCGCAGAAGGAGGAGGGGAACAACGACGACGCGUACGCGGAUAACGCGUUCCUGGACGGCCCGAUGCCCGCGCACAUACGCGCGCUCGACCUCGACGCGCCGCCGUUCGCCGUGCCCGGCGCGCGCCGCCGCAAGGCCGGCCGCAAGCUGAAGCGGCGGUUUCAGAUGUGGCUGUGGGCGCGCUCCGCCUGCCCGGUGUCCUACUCCUGGACGGACCUCGGUUCCCGCUUCUGGCCGCGGUACGCGCGCGUGGGCAGCUGCCGAACGGAGCGCUCGUGCUCCGUGCCCGAGGGCAUGACGUGCGCACCGGCGGGGUCCUCGCGCGUCACGCUGCUGCGAUGGAGAUGCACGCGGCGCCGUGGCGGCCUCAAGUGCGCGUGGAUCUCCGUGCAAUACCCCAUCAUCACCGAGUGCAAGUGCGCAUGCUCGAACUGAACUCAACUGAACUCACACACACCUUUUUUUAUUUUCCUGAACGUUCUUCUAACUUAUAAAUCCCUCUAUCAUCACAGUGUCUAUUUUGUAUAAUAAUAAUUAUGUUUUAUAUAUAUUUUUUAUUGUUUUUUUUUUCUAUUCUGUCUGAUGUAUGCACUACAAAGUGUAAGAAUGUAUUUCCAGUUGAUUGUGUAUAUGUUGCGCCAGUGUAAAGAUGAUAGACAGUAUUAUUAUGUGUAACCCAGAGUCUACUGUAUUUGUGAAUUAUUAUUAUUAUUAUUGUUUUGUAUUUAUGUGACUGAGAAUGAAGAAGGGGCGAGGAGCAUGCGCCUGUGACGGCGCCGGACUCUCAUGAUUUUUAUUUGUUUGUUUGUUUUUUGUUUAAAAAAUGUCAUCCUGUAAAUUAUGAUCAAUUGCUAUUUAUUCUUUAUAUUCAUAGCUUAUAAAAAUAUCUGUAAAAUAAAAGUGAUGUAAAUGACGCUUUUGUUUUCACUCCAUUUAUUAUGAAAGUGUUCUCUCUGUAUGAACAGACAUCAUGCUGU